ACGUUGCCUUCCCCACUUCAGGCAUUGGCCAAGGCUAGAGACCCACACAUCGCCCCGCAGACACAUUCAGACCCACCGACGCUCUGUUUGAGAGAUGUGUCUGAGGCCCUAGAAGAGUUAGAGACUGAGUGGUUAGGAAAGGACCCUAGGGACUCUUGGGCGAUGAUCAGUAGAGGUCCAAAGGGUGAACAUUUCGUGGUAGAAGUAGAUGUAGGUGGCUGCAAGGUUGGCGCCUUCGCAGACAUAGGCUCUACACGAAAUUUCAUCAGUUGUGCUUGUGUGGAUAGACUGCGCUUAGGGGACCAAGUGCAGCGGCUUAGCAAAACUGUAGCUUCUACGCUAGCGAACAAGCACCAAAUGGUUGUCAAAAACUAUGUCAAGCACGUAGCCUGCACCUUCUCCUAUGGAGGAGGGGAAGUGAUCCAUAAGAUCUCCUUCCUGGUGAGCGACAAACUGCCAUUCGAUAUGUUACUAGGCAUGUUCUACCUCGAAGUCUCGCAACCUCAGUUUGACUGGGAUAGAAAGGUGUUGAUCCACAAAUUGCCCAACUGUAGAACGGUUAGAUUGCAGAAGUAUAAAGCUAGCAGUCUAAUAAAAAACUACGGGUGUAUGUGUGCUUCAUCUUUCUAUAACUACUAUAAGCAGAAUAGAGAGGAGGGCAUGUAUCUAGUCUUUGUCUCUGAGAAAGGGGAGGCCGUUAAAUCACCCCCAGAGAUAGAAAGAGUCGUCGCACAAUAUUCAGACCUUUUUGAGGAGCCCACACGCGUGGUGGAAAGGGAGGUUGUACAUGCGAUAGAGGUUGUCCCAGGUACCAAGGUGCCUAGAGGACGAAUCCAUAGGAUGUCUCCCGCGGAGUUAGAUGAGCUUCGCCGCCAGCUCAAGAAGCUCACAGAGAAGGGAUGGAUACGGCCUAGUACCUCCCCUUACGGUGCGCCAGUCUUAUUUGUCCCAAAGAAGGGAGGUCCAUUAAGGAUGUGCAUUGACUAUAGGGGCCUCAAUGCCAUCACCGUUAAGAACGCGGAGCCCCUACCCCGCAUCGACGACCUCUUGGAUAGGGUGCAGGGAUGUCGGUACUUCACAAAGAUAGAUCUGAAGUCCGGAUACCAUCAAAUUGUCGUUAGACUUGAGGACCAGCACAAAACCGCAUUUCAGACCAGGUACGGUCUGUACGAGUUUGUGGUGAUGCCUUUUGGUCUAUGCAAUGCGCCUGGUACAUUUCAGCACGCGAUGAACCGGAUAUUUCAUGAGUACUUGGACAAGUUUAUCGUCGUGUACCUCAACGAUAUUCUUAUCUUUAGUAGGACUGUAGAGGAGCACGCUGAGCACUUGAAAACAAUGCUAGGUCUCCUAAGACAACACCAGUACAAGGUAAACUUGGAUAAAUGUGAGUUUGGUCGCACCAAGAUCUUGUACUUGGGUCAUGAAAUUUCAGCAGAUGGAUUGAGGCCGGAAGAUGCGAAGGUGGCCAGCAUACGUGACUGGCCUAGACCUCAGACUGUUACUGAGGUCAGAUCGUUUUUGGGGAUGACGGACUAUUAUCGUCCGUUUUUGAAGAACUAUAGUACUAUAGCUUCCCAAUUAACAGAUCUAACUCGACUUGACACCCCUUGGGAGUGGACUGAAGAGUGUGAAGCGAGCUUCAAGAAAUUGAAGUAUGCUCUGACACACUACGAAGUUCUCAAACUUCCGGAUUCUGACAAGCCAUUCAUUGUGACCAUAGACGCUAGCCAAUAUGGCAUAGGCGCGGUCCUUGUACAACACGAAGGGCCCAAGUUGAGACCGAUCGAGUAUAUGAGCAAGAAGAUGCCAUCUCAAAAGUUAGCUAAAUCCACGAGUGAUGAGUGUGAGGCUGCUUUCAAACGAUUAAAGAAAGCACUCAUGAAUCAUGAAGUCCUCAUGGUUCCCGAUCCUCAAAAGCCAUUCAUAGUAACCACUGACGCAAGCCAAUACGGCAUUGGCGCAGUGCUGGCUCAGCAAGAUGGGAAGAAGUUGAGACCGAUUGAGUACAUGAGCAAGAAAUUGCCAUCGAAGAAAUUGGCAAAGUCCACCUACGAAAGGGAACUCUAUGCUCUCUACAACGCACUUGUCCAUUGGAGACAUUUUCUGUUGGGACGGUUCUUCUACUUGAGAACUGACCAUCACACGCUCAAAUGGAUCAAGACUCAACCGGCUCUUUCUGAUGCACUCAAGCGCUGGAUUGAGGUCAUAGAUCAGUAUGACUUCAAGCUUGAGUAUCUGAAGGGAGAGUAUAACAAGGCUGCAGAUGCGCUAUCUCGUAGAGCAGACUACCUAGGGGCGCUAGUUUACGAGUUUGGUGUAUCUCAGAAAGUAUAACUCAAUCGCUGGCGGGAGCCUAUUAGGAAGACCCUGUCACGAUGGACAUCACCCGCAAACUUCAGGCAAAAGACAAGG